AUGCUGACCACUCGCGGUGCUGUUGCACGUCUCUCAAAACGGGCCUUCAAGAGCGCCAAGCAGACAAACGCGUUCUUCGCCUCCUCUGCUCUCUUGCAAAAGGCUGCUCUCCCCGCCAGCACCACCCAGUCCCGCGUUUCUCCCCCCCGGGCCUCCCCUUCUUCUUCCGCUCGCAGCUAUGCCACUGAAGCAAAGGGUGCCGUUGGUUCCGUCAAGACCGUCAUUGGUGCCGUCGUCGACGUCCAGUUCGACACCGACGACCUUCCUCCCAUUCUGAACGCCCUGGAGGUCCAGAACUUCAGCGGUGGUCGUCUCGUUCUCGAGGUUGCCUCCCAUCUUGGUGAGAACUCGGUUCGCACCAUUGCCAUGGACGGUACCGAGGGUCUCGUUCGUGGUACCAAGGUCGUCGAUACCGGAAACCCCAUCAUGGUCCCAGUCGGAACCGCUACCCUGGGACGCAUCAUGAACGUCAUUGGUGAGCCCAUUGACGAGCGUGGUCCUAUCAAGGGUGUCAAGCUUUCCCCCAUUCACGCCGAGCCCCCUCCCUUCGUCGACCAGUCUACCACCGCUGAGGUCUUGGAGACCGGUAUCAAGGUCGUCGAUCUCCUCGCCCCCUACGCUCGUGGUGGAAAGAUCGGUCUCUUCGGAGGUGCCGGUGUCGGAAAGACUGUGUUGAUUCAGGAACUUAUCAACAACGUCGCCAAGGCCCAUGGUGGUUUCUCUAUCUUCUGCGGUGUCGGUGAGCGUACCCGUGAGGGUAACGAUCUUUACCACGAGAUGAUUGAGACUGGUGUCAUCAACCUCGGUGGUGACUCCAAGGUCGCUCUCGUCUUCGGUCAGAUGAACGAGCCCCCUGGUGCUCGUGCUCGUGUCGCCCUCACCGGUUUGACCAUUGCCGAGUACUUCCGUGAUGAGGAAGGCCAGGAUGUGUUGCUCUUCAUUGACAACAUUUUCCGUUUCACUCAGGCUGGUUCCGAGGUGUCUGCCCUGCUCGGUCGUAUCCCUUCCGCUGUCGGUUACCAACCCACCCUCUCCACUGACAUGGGACAGAUGCAAGAGCGCAUCACUACCACCAAGAAGGGUUCUAUCACUUCCGUGCAGGCUGUUUACGUGCCCGCUGAUGAUUUGACUGAUCCCGCUCCCGCUACUACCUUCGCUCACUUGGACGCCACCACUGUGUUGUCCCGUGGUAUUGCUGAACUUGGUAUCUACCCUGCUGUCGACCCUCUGGACUCCAAGUCGCGUAUGUUGGACCCCCGUAUUGUUGGACAAGAGCACUACGAUGUCGCGACCGCCGUCCAGAAGAUUCUCCAGGAUUACAAGUCUCUGCAAGAUAUCAUUGCCAUUCUUGGAAUGGACGAAUUGUCCGAAGAGGACAAGUUGACCGUCGAGCGUGCCCGUAAAAUUCAGCGUUUCAUGUCGCAACCUUUCCAGGUCGCCCAGGUCUUCACUGGUUAUGAGGGUAAGCUCGUGUCCCUCAAGGAUACCAUUCGCUCCUUCAAGGAGAUCCUCUCUGGCGCCCACGAUUCCCUUCCUGAGUCUGCUUUCUACAUGGCUGGCACCAUUGAGGAUGUCAAGGCCAAGGCUGAGCAGCUCGCCAAGGAUAUGUCCGCUUAG